AUGACUUCUGCUGAUGAGAUCGCCGAGGCAAAGGGUGAAGCAGAAUGGAUAGCUUGGAAGGACAGAGUUCUGGGUUCCAUAGAAGAGAUAGCUGAUUUCGUCGCUCGGCGUCGCCAGGGUGGUGAUCCCGAGAGGAUUGUCCACUAUUAUCGGGGUUCCUUUAAUAUCUGCAUUCGUAUUAAAUUUAAAGAUACUUGCUCUGACGCUGUAAUCCGGUUCACUAAACCUGGGUUUACAGCUUUCCGGGAUGAAAAAGUGGAGAAAGAGGUGCAAGUUAUGAAAUUCCUUCGCCAACGAACCAGCAUUCCUCUGCCUCGUUUGAUAAGCUGGGGUUUAACUGUGGACAGCCCUCAGCAAUUAGGACCUUUUAUUAUCAUGGAAUAUGUCGAAGGAAUACAUUUGUCAGACAUCUUGAAAAAGCCGACUGCGAACAAUCAAGAAAAGGAAAUACUAAACCCUGAUAUCGAUGACACCACAUUGAACAUUGUGUACCGUCAGAUAGCUGAUUUCAUGCUUCAACUUUACAACCUUGAUUUCACUCACAUCGGAGCCAUAUCGGAAGUCGCUGAAGGCGCAAAUACAUGGGCCGUCACCGGAAGGCCCUUGACGUAUAAUAUGAACGAACUGGCCACAUGCACGGGUUAUCCAAUUAAUCGAUUACCUACGGAGCGCUUUGCAUCUGCAAAUGAAUACUUCAAGAGUCUUGCGGACCAACACUUGGUUCAUCUCCACACCCAGCGCAACCUCUCCAUUGAUCCUAUGGAUGCCAUGAGGCGGUAUAUUGCGCGCCAUCUGUUUCAGCAGCUAGCUGCAAAGAACUGUAUCAAUGAGAACGGUCCCUUCAAACUCUUUUGUGAUGACUUCCGACCUGCAAACAUUCUGGUGAACAGCGAAACCUUACAGAUCACCGCAGUCCUUGACCUUGAGUUCACAAAUGCUAUGCCCGCACAGUUCGCAUGUGAUCCACCCUGGUGGCUAUUGUUGGUAGGCCCGGAUAUGUGGUUGGAACGAGGCUAUACCAUGGAAGAGUUUGUGGCUCAGUAUACACCCAGACUGGAACAGUUUUUAUACGCCCUGGAGCAGAUAGAGGCUGAGAAGUGUAGCAGAAAGCCCCGUAUGCAACGCAUUUCCAAGCUAAUGCGCAACUCUUGGACGAGCGGAGAGUUCUGGUUCAAUUUCGCAGCUAGAAAGAGCUUAGAUGUGGAUGCGAUCUUUUAUCACCAGUUAGACAAGAUUUACUAUGGGGGCAAAGCUGAUGUCAACUUGCUUGACGACAAGCUACGAGGAGACUUGGAGUCAUUUGUACAGAUGAAGAUGGAGCAGAAUGCGGCUUAUGAGAAGGAAUAUGCAUUGUUGUAA